AUGCCGCGAGCCUCGCCCACACCUUCCAGGAACAUUCUGAUCGCUGUCGAUCCCAGCCCUGACAGUGAGAAGGCAGUAGCAUGGGCGCUCAAGAACCACAUUCGUCCAUCAGAUCGAGUCACUUUGCUGCACGUGCGCCCAGUUGUCGAGUCGGGACCUGGCCUCUUUGCAGCCUAUGCGGAUUCAACACUGUCAGCAGAGGCAAUGGCAGAGGUCGACCGUGUGAUAGAGAAGCACAACGCUGGAGUGCGGAGGAAAUUCGUGAGCAAUCUGUCGCACCAGCUGGACCAGGCUAAGGUGCAAUACGACAUAGUGGCAGUGCAGGACGCGGACCCCAGGGAGCGCAUCUGCAACGAGGUGGAGAGGAUGAAGGCGCAUACUCUCAUCAUGGGGUCACGGGGACUCAGUACUGUUAAGCGACUGGUGCUUGGGAGCGUGUCAGACUCUUGUGCCAACCAUGCCACCUGCCCCGUUACUAGGCUCAAGCAAUCAGAUCAGAGACUGUUUGACGUUCCUCCUUCCUUCCCCUCCCCUCCCCUCCCCUCCCCUCCCCUCCCCUCCCCUCCCCUCCCCUCCCCUCCCCUCCCCUCCCCUCCCCUCCCCUGCCCUCCCCUCCUCUCCCCUCCCCUCCCCUCCCCUCCCCUCCCCUCCCCUCCCCUCCCCUCCCCUCCCCUCCCCUCCCCUCCCCUCCCCUCCCCUCCCCUCCCCUCCCCUCCCCUCCCCUCCCCUCCCCUCCCCUCCCCUCCCCUCCUCUCCCCUCCCCUCCCCUCCGCUUUCCUUCCUUCGCCUCCUCUCCCUCCGGACUUGUGCUUGAGAAUGCGUGAACCUCCUCCUGCUUCAACCUCCUCCUGCUUCAACCUCCUCCUGCUUCAACCUCCUCCUGCUUCAACCUCCUCCUGCUUGAACCUCCUCCUGCUUGAACCUCCUCCUGCUUCAACCUCCUCCUGCUUCAACCUCCUCCUUCUUCAACCUCCUCCUGCUUGA